AUCAUGAAAAGCUCAAAAGAAGCUGUUCAGGCUGCUGCCAAAGAGUUUCUUAAUUUUGUCAAUAAGGGAGUUUCACCUUACCAUGUGGUGGAGGAGUGUAAAUCUCGCCUGCUAAAGGCUGGUUUUACUGAGCUUAACGAGGCUGAGCAUUGGGACAUUAAACCUGCCUGUAAGUAUUUUGUAACCAGGAAUUACUUCACUAUUAUUGCUUUUGCUGUCAUUUGAAAUUUCUUGAGAUUGUGUGUUUAGGUGAAGCCAUGCUCUAAGACAAAGUUGGGCUUCUUGCAGAUAGGAGUGGAGUGUUAUGGAGGAGGAAUCUGGAACACUUGGUUUGAUCGUGACCUGACCAUCGCAGGUUGUGUAAUGGUUAAGAGCGAAAGCAAGCUGGUGCAGCGUCUGGUUCAUGUUCCCCAUCCCAUCCUCAGGAUCCCCCAUCUGGCCAUUCACCUGCAGAGAGAAAUUAAUGACUCCUUUGGACCUAACAAGGAAAAUCACCUAGCACCUUUGCUGGCCACUUCCAUCAUGGAGGAGCUGGAAACAGGAUCUGCUUCCUGUGGUGAUGCCUGUAAUGCAACAUCCGUUGUAAGAUCACACAAAUUAAUGGUUGUACAGGUGUAGAACAAAAGUUGAAGUAUGUGCUUUCUGUGGAACCAAAUGAUAAUUAGUAAUGGUGCAUUUAUCAGGAAAUUUUUGGCUGAUACCAAAAAACAAAAUUUUUACACUAUGAUCAUCAUCUAAUAUUGAUCUGAUGUUUUACAAAGUCCAUCAUACUACGUCUUAUUCUGCAACAUUAUGCAUCACACUGUAAAAUAGGGAUGCACCAAUAUUGUUGAAUACAAUUUUAAGAUAAAAGGAUAGUUCACUCACAAAAUGUUGUCAUCGUUUACUCACCCUCAUGUCGUUCAUCUUCGAAACCGAAAAUAAGAAAUAAUAUAAAAAUCUAAUUUUAAGUUUCAUUAAGUUCACAAAGAAAGUUUCGUAAAAGUAAUUCAAAUGAAUUCAACAAUUUACUCCAAGUCUUCUUAAGAGACAUGAUUGCUUUAUAUGAUGAACAGAUUUAUUUUGGGCUUUUGUUCACAAAUAAACUUUGAUCAGCGCACAUAAGAACAAACCUCAUAUGUUCUUGAAGGAAAACCUCAUUGUGUUACGGAUCACUCGGAGACAGAGGAGUAACAGAUGAGUAAGAUGUUUAUUUAAAGACAC